GCCGGGACGGAAGCCAGGCUCGCCUUGGGCCAGGGCGCAAAGAUGGCGUCCUCCUCCGCCUCCGGUCGGACCUCGGCAGGGAAGCGAGUGGUGAAUCAGGAUGAACUACGGCGGUUGAUGAAGGAGAAGCAGCGUCUGAGCACCAACCGGAAACGCAUAGAAUCUCCAUUCGCGAAGUACAACCGUUUGGGGCAGCUGAGCUGCGCCCUGUGUAACACCCCGGUGAAGAGCGAGCUCCUGUGGCAGACUCACGUCCUGGGAAAGCAGCACCGAGAGAAGGUGGCCGAGGUGAAAGGCGCGAGGGAAGCCGCCCAGGGCCCGUCCGCCAGCGCAGGGCCUCAGCCGGCCAAGAGGAGGGCGCCGGAUGCGGAGAGCCAAGACGCCAAGAGAGCGAAGGCCUCCGCCGUGCCUCAGGUACAGCCCUCCACGUCUGCCUUGCCCACCAAAUUUGACAAAGCAGGAAAGGAGUCUGCUAGAGCUGCCCUCAGUAAGGCUUCGGGACUCGGUUUACUCCCUGAUUAUGAAGAUGAAGACGAGGAGGAGGAGGAGGGGGGAGGAGGAGAAGGAAAAAGAGGGGACGCCAGCAAGCAGCCUGCCGACGCACAGGGCAGGGAAUACUCGCUUUCCUCCUCGCGGGAGGCAACAAGUAGCAGGCUGCCAAGGGAUUUCGCGGACACAAAUCCUCCCAAGGCCCCUUUAAUUCCUCAUUCAGGGUCUAUUGAGAAAGCGGAAAUACAUGAAAAAGUAGUGGAAAGGAGAGAAAACACCGCGGAAGCGUUACCGGAAGGUUUUUUCGACGACCCCGAGAUAGAUGCGAGGGUACGAAAGGUUGAUGCCCCCAAGGAUCAGAUGGACAAAGAGUGGGACGAAUUUCAAAAAGCCAUGAGGCAGGUCAACACGAUUUCCGAAGCCAUCGUUGCUGAAGAGGAUGAGGAGGGACGGUUGGACCGGCAGAUUGGGGAGAUCGAUGAGCAGAUAGAGUGUUACCGUCGGGUGGAAAAGCUGCGGAAUCGCCAGGAUGAAAUAAAGAAUAAGCUGAAAGAGGUUUUGACCAUAAAAGAACUGCAGAAAAAGGAAGAGGAGAACGUUGACAGCGAUGAUGAGGGAGAGCUACAGGAUUUGUUGUCUCAGGAUUGGAGGGUGAAAGGGGCUUUGUUAUAGGGUUUCCAAGAUUUCUGCACCCUCUGUGAUUGUGUAAAAAGUGCGUCUCUCGAUGUGAUAUCGGUUCCGCCAUGCUUGGAGAUUUGGUAACCUAACUGGGUUGUUAAGAGACAAUGAGCAUGUGAAGAUAGUACUUUGGGAAACCAGUGUAAAAUAUUUUUGAGGUAAAAGUUUUUUUGAAAUUUUUGAAGUAUUAUACUAAAAUGCCAGCUUUUUCACACACCUACGGAUUUAAAUGUACACUUUUCAGUUGUAAAACCUGUAAACUGUAAAUAUUGUACAUAGUUAAAUAUAUAUUUACUUAAGGAAUUCUGUUUUGAAAUUUACAAAUUAAUAGAAAUCAGACCAACAGACAA